GAACCCUAGAAGUGCAGAGGGCACACCGUACCUGCAAAAAAGCCAAAAGUCCCAUUCUCCUUCCUGCUUUUUGCUCGUGAAUCUUUGAUCUUUCACUUUCGAAUCUUCGCGUUUAGUGCUGAAAGAGGUGGAAAUCGAAGAACAAUGGAGUCUUCGAACAUCGUAGAUGUCGAUGCUGACCCAGAUCUCAGUGGGGACGAGGAAAGUGUUGGUGCUGAUGGGGCUGCUGCUAACGUUACUGAGGAAGGUGUUAGUGUUAAAACUCAUGAUGGGGAUGCUGUAACUGAUGAUGGUGUCAGAGUUGAGUUUGAUGAUGAUGAGGAAGAUCAUAUUAUUGAUGUUCCUGAGUUAACAGACAAUGAAGAUGAAGAGACCCUACAAGCUAGAAAGAAUGUCAAGUUUUUCAACAACAUUGAGGACAGCAUUGAGAAAGACCUUGAACGACCAACAGUUGAUGUAAAGUGGCAAAAUACCCAAAUCCACCCCCAAAGUUCUAGUGCUGGAGGACCAAGUGGACAACAUUUGGAUGAAGUUGAUGAGAUAGGGAGUGAUGAAGAAGAUAGCUAUCUCUCAACAUUUGACGAUGAAGCGAGUGAAGCCGAACAUGGUAAAAGGAGACGGGCCACGCAUAAGGUUUAUCAAGAGCCAGGAGAUGAUGAGACUCCUGACAUUAGAUUAGGAAUGAUGUUUACCAACAAGCAACAAUUUAGGGAUGCUAUGAAUAAGUGGAACCUCAAGCAGAGGCGAGAUAUUAAAUGGAUAAAAAAUGAAAAUAUAAGAUGUAGGGCAUCAUGUGUGAAGGCACCAGAUUGUCCGUGGCAGAUUUAUUUGGCAAUGGAUGCACCAACUGAAUCCUGGAUGGUGAAGACAUUUGUGUCUGAGCAUACAUGCCACUGGCUGUUAAAGAAGAACAAGCGAUACAACUCAACAGUAGCUGCAAAGCACUUGGUGAGGCACAGAGGGUUUACUGCCUUGUACAUGAGGAGAACUGACAUUUAUAAUGUCAUUAGGAAAGAGUUAAGUGUUGAGUUAUCUGACCAUCAACUGAAAAAGGUGAAGGAGAAGAUUGGGAAGGCAUUUGAGGGUGAUUGCAAGAUGGAAUAUGGUAAAUUAUGGGAUUAUGCUGCAGAGCUUCGAUCGAAAGACCCUGUUGCCACCGUCAUUAUAUCGGCAUCAAGGCCAACUACAGAUUUAAAUCCUGUUUUCUUAAGGAUGUACAUAUGUUUUUCUGCAAUGAAGCUGGGAUUUGUAGCUGGUUGCAGGCGUGUUAUUGGUCUUGAUGCCGUGGAAGGUGAAACCACAAAGACAUGGAUCUGGUUCCUUGAGGAGCUGCAAAAAGACAUGGUGAUUGGAUCAAGGAGUAAUUUCACAUUCAUUUCUGACCAACAGAAGGGCUUAAUACAUGCAAUUGAGGAUCUAUUUCCAGAUGCUGAGCAUAGAACAUGUGCUAGACACAAAUAUGCCAACUUUCGAAAGAAUAAUGGAGGCAAAGAAUUGAAGGUAGCAUUCUUGAGAUGUGUUAAGGCUAACACUGAACAUGACUUCAACAGGGCAUUAACUGAGUUUGGGCGUAUUAAACCGAGUGCAGUCCCUGCCAUCAUGAGCACACACCCUAGGUUUUGGUCAAAGGCUUUCUUCAAAGAAGAUAGUAAAUGCAAUGUUGUCGAUAACAACAUGUGCGAGGUUUUUAAUGGUUUAAUACUGGAAGCAAGGCACAAGGUCUUAUUCUCUAUGUUGGAAGACUUACGGGCAAUGUGUGGCCGGAGGACGGUGGCUAGGAGGGAAUAUGGUAAUAGGAAAUUUGUUGGGAAUUUUGGUCCCAAAAUUUGGGCAAAAACUGUUGCUGCCCGAGAAGGUAGCAAGAGAUGCAGACUUUUAUGGCCUGGUGGUGACGGGUAUGAAGUUGAUGAUAAUGGGGAAGCAACUUAUAUUGUAAAUGUGGAGAGAAAGACAUGCACUUGCAGAGUUUGGAAUAUGACUAGAAUACCAUGUAGGCAUGCAGUUACUGUGAUCAACCAUAGACAAGAGAAUGAUGAGGACUAUGUAGCACACUGCUAUAGCAAGCACAUGUUCAUGGCAAGUUAUGAAUAUGAAGUCCCAGUCAUAGAAGGAAUUAACCAAUGGAAGGAAACUAAAAUGCCACCUAUGCAACCACCAAAUCCAAGAAAGAUGCCUGGCAAGCCAAAGAAGAAACGACAGCUAGAAGAAUGGGAGGGGAAAACAUCUGUUGGCAGAAAAGGGAGGUUGAUGACUUGUCAAAAAUGCUUCAAAAGGGGGCACAACUCCAGGUCAUGUAAAGGAGUUCCACCAAACAUUCAAGAACAAAAUGAGGAUCAAGCAACUCCCCAAGAAGAGCAGCCUCAAGGUGUUGAUGAAAACAUUGGAGCUAAUGUGGAAAACCCAAUGAGCCAAGUGGAGGAUCCUCUUAGUCAAGUUCUUAAUGAAACACCUACUCCAAAUAGAUUCAGGCAAACAGCAAAAAGAAAACAGGAGGUUGUAAGGUUCUAAACUAAUCAAUUUUUCUUUUUAUG